AUGUCAGACCACAACUCAGCCUCUGAUUCAGAGUCCAACAAACAACCUCCAGCAAAUGAAGAAGAGGUUGCUGUCCUGCAGUCUUAUCUCGAGCAAUGGCGCUCAGCUGCUCCAUCGGAGCGUAAGAAUAUCUUGAGAGCAGCUACAAUGGAAGCCUGGACAAAAGCACCGGUAAUGUCCAUCGUAUUGUCCAAGGCUCGCAAAGCGACAUAUGAGACAUGGUUCCGGAACUAUGCAAAGGCCAAGAAACAAGGGAAACCCCCGAUCAAGAUGGGGCAGAAAUGGACCGAGAGAAGCGUCAUAGACACGCUCCGGAAGAAGGAGCUGUUGAAAAAAAUCGAGGACGAGACUGACCUUAAAGAAGCCAAAGAGACAGCCGAUGAAUGGAAUAGUGAGGGCGUUCCGGACGAUGUAAAAGUCGAGAUCGCAAGAAAGAAAGGCGACGAUAUGAUUCGACACUUUGCAUCGGAGAUGUGGAACCGCUCCGGGAUCAGGGUGUUCGUGUUGUCAGCUUGGAAGGAUGGGGAGAGCAAGGUCCAGGUGUCCGGACAUGACUAUAACCAAGAGUUUGGGGGUGCCGAGUCGUUCAUGAAGACUCAGAACUGGAAAGUGAUCGAGCCAGAAUGGGACGCGUAUGCUGCAAGUGUAUUCGAGGGCAAUGUGGACGAAAAUACCAUUGCUCGGAAGAGGGGUAGACAGGACAACACGUAUAGCCUUGACAUCGGGGAUGACGGGUAUCCUGUAAUCCCUGCAUGUGCGUCCAUGGAUUUAGAUACAAAGAAGGCAGUCAUCCGGGCAUUUUUGACAUGGCAUUACAGGAGGUGUUGCGGGGACCCCAAAGUCUCCGUCCCAUGGAAAUAUGUGAUACCCAGGUACAAAAAGAUCAUUCCCGUACAAUAUCUUCCAGAAGGUCACGAUCUCGCUGAGCCAUCGAAAUUAAGGCAGGUCCACGCCACAGAGCUUUUACGGUUUUGGCAUAGCAGACAGGAGGAAGGUGAAGAGCAUGUCUUCGAAUUCAUAGGAUGGUGGGACAAUGAUAGCCAGGACAUCGUCCUUGCAACCGACCGAGAUGGACGUGUCACUAGCCAGGCGCGGCCAAUCACCCAGACGAAGAAAUCAUCCGGAUCAAAGCAAAAGCAGCCCGGUUAUCACGGGCAAUCUACAGCUGGACAAUCUUCUGGUGAAAAGGUGAAGGACAAUAAGCCAGCCGCUGCACGUCGUGCCGGAGUCAAGGUAGUGAAGAGCGCCUCAUCUUCAUCACCCCGAAACAAGAGCGAGAAAUCUAAGAACAAACUCAAGUCAUCCGAGGAGGAUAUUCACUACACAGGGAUGGCAGAUGAUAGGUCUUCUGGUGAACUAUCUGAGGACUCGGAUGAUGAUAUGCUACCUCCCGAGAAAGGAAGGCGAAUGGAGGGGAAGAACUUGCUUAGGGGGUCACAAACCCGCCGCCACCAAGCGGCUCUCAUGAGUAGCAGUGACUCUGAAAGCGAGGUCGAACAAGAUGUCCCUUCAAAGGCGAUUGCGGCUUCGGACAAACAUGCCAGGAAGGACAUGGCCCCAAAUAUUAAGGCUCGGACCCCCUACAUAAGCUCAAUGGAGAGCAGGGCGCUGGUUAGUCGAGAAACGGCAGCUGUGAAACAGAAUGCAAAGGGUACUGCACGCGAUCGAUCUAAGUCCGGAGUGGUAGAAGCAGUCAUCCCGCCAGUUCGGCUGGUGGGACCAGCCUCCUGGGCUGGUCGCAGCGCGCCUGUCAAUUGUGACGCUUCUGCAUCGACAAGAACAGCAACACAUACAAUGCCCAUAGAACGCCAUCUGACUGGUGGAGAACAUGCAAGGAAGGAACGAAGGAAACGUCCUGCCGAGGAGACUUUAGAAGAGUCGCCUGCGAAAUGGACAAGAGGCCGAGGAAUGGUAAAACCGGUCCCUGAGAAUCUGACAGAGCCCGCAACCAAGAGACCGAAGAAACGGGUCGCUGAAGAAUCUAUGGAAGGAUCCCCUUCAAAACGUACCCGGAGCAAAACUUCUGACCGCCCUCCCACAGCACGUAUGCGCAAGCCAAAUUCCCGAUAUGCUCACGAUUAUGUAAGAACUUGA